GCGAAUUAAACAAGAUGACACUCCAUGCCGUGGGCGCUGCAGGUGAUCUUUCCCACUAGGAAAUUAUGGUGCGGUUCCGGCGUUAGCCAGCCACCAUCUUCCUGUCUCAUGGGCGCAAGAAAUGAGAUCUGAGAGACCGGUUAGGGCCACAAAAGACCGGGGAGUACAAUAUUACAGCUGCGUAUUUAUUUUUAUACAACAUUCCGCUCUCCCAUACUCGCCCGCUCUGUUUCCAGGUACCGCCCUGCGACGCCUUUCAGGCUUCAGCUGUCGCUUCGGCGCCCGUGCAUUGAGCACGGUUCCACGUCGGUCGGCCACUUCUAACUUCCCUCCUCUUGUUCGCGUCCUGCCUAACGAGCUCGCCGAUGCUUUCCGGGCUAUUUUCGCUCCUCCGACUGGCAAGCCGUCGGUGUUUAUUGUGCUUCGCUCCCUGUUUCCUCCUCUUCGAUACCUCUCGCACCUUGGCAGCCAACCGAAAGAAUGAGGCGCAUCGUGGCAGCCAGAGCGGUGAUCUAUCGGUAUCGGCAUGCAGCUGCUCGUGGAGAAGAAGCACAUUCUGGAGGCCAUGGCAGAAGACGAAAGAGCCGAGCCGAGGCGUU